AGCAGAUCCAGCCCUGAGGAGGUUAAGCUAGCUUGGCUGGCUGGCAGCUUUGGCAUUUGAGCCUGCCCUGGAGCUUCAUGGGAUCCCAUAUCAAGCAUUUUGUUCUGGCUAGAGAAGUGAGUCACACACACACACACACAAACCUGCCGCUGCUACCCUCCCCUCCUCCGCUGCCUGCCUGAUUUCAUUCUCUCUAGAGCCGAGCUGCAUCUCAAGGAUACCGGCGUUUUAAUCCUGGGCACCAUCCCCACUCGCUCUGCCUGCUAAACUGGAAGGAGAAAUAUACUCUGUUUGCUAGUGCCAUCUUGCUCCUCGGGAAGGGCAAGGAGCCAGGAAGAUGGACCCAGCAGGACUUGGGCACCCGGAAGAGAAAGGGGACACUGUCAGCAAAGCAACCAGCACUGGAGGACAGCCAAAACCAGUGACUUGGGAAGAUACCAAAGCCUUUUAUGCCAACCUCUCCCCGCAAAAGAAACCCAAAUCGCCAAAGCCACAAAAUGCCAUCACGAUUGCUGUGUCGUCCCGAGCCUUAUUCCGUAUGGAAGAGGAGCAGAAGAUCUACAGUGAGCAAGGUGUGGAGGCUUAUGUCAAAUACCAGCUGGAUCAUGAGAACGAGCCCUUCUUGCCUGGAGCAGCUUUUCCUUUCGUCAAGGCUCUGGAAGCUGUCAAUACCAAACUGCGGGAGCUGUACCCAGACAGUGAGGAACUCUUUGACAUCGUCCUUGUGACCAACCACCACGCCCAAGUGGGAGUUCGCCUGAUCAAUACCAUCAACCACUACAACCUGUUCAUUGAGCGGUUCUGCAUGACAGGCGGAAACAGCCCCAUUGGCUACCUGAAGGCCUACCACACCAACCUGUACCUGUCAUCUGACUGUGAGAAAGUGAGUGAAGCCAUAGAAGAGGGGAUUGCUGCCGCCACUAUCUUCAGUCCGAACACAGAUGUGCAGAUCUCUGAGGACCAGUUGCGUGUGGCUUUUGAUGGGGACGCUGUCCUUUUUUCAGAUGAAUCUGAGCAGAUAGUGAAGGCUCAGGGUCUCGACAAGUUCUUUGAACAUGAGAAAGAGCAUGAGAACAAACCGCUGGCUCAGGGACCUCUGAAAGGCUUCUUGGAAGCCCUUGGGAAGCUUCAGAAGAAGUUCUACUCCAAGGGCCUCCGUCUAGAAUGUCCCAUCCGCACGUACCUUGUCACAGCCCGUAGUGCUGCCAGUUCGGGGGCCCGAGCUCUAAAAACUCUCCGGAGCUGGGGGCUUGAAACAGAUGAAGCCCUCUUUCUAGCAGGUGCCCCCAAGGGCCCCCUACUGAAGAAGAUCUGCCCGCAUAUCUUCUUUGAUGACCAGAUGUUUCAUGUUGAGGGGGCAAAGGAGAUGGGCACGAUUGCGGCCCAUGUCCCCUAUGGGGUGGCACAGAAACAUAGGCGUGCAGCACUGGGAAAACAGACCCAGAACAGCAAGUAGUCACAAAGGGCAGAAUGGGCCAGAAUAGCCUUUGGAUACUUGGAGAUCGAAGUCUCUCUGGGGAGAUGAAAAAUAGGGAGCACCUCCCACAACUGGAACCAAAGGUGUUCAGAUAGCCAGUGUCAUGUCUUAUUUGGCUUGGCUGCUGGGAGGGAAAGGCUUCCUCCCUUCCGCUUGCGUUUUUGCACUUUGUGGACUGUUGUUCCUCCCUCACCUGAGCUCCUGUGCCAUUCACACCUCUCUCAUGCCCAUUCUAGCUUUGACACUCACUUUUUUCGAAGAGAGGCAUUUUCUAGUUGUUCUGUUGCAUGGAUAACAUUUGAUGACUUGUGGGCGAUGCCUGAGCAAGUCUCAGAUUUCAUCAGCUGCUGUUUGGGACAGCAGGGCUAGCUGUGGAGUGGAGAGAGGUGAGGUUGAGCACAGGCCUUCAGCCCUACAACUGCAUGGCCAUUCUCACUUUGCAUGGAACACUCUCCCAAGGCGGAGACUGUGCAAGAGAAUCCUUGGCUCCUCUUCCAGGUUAAGGGGCCCAUGAAAAGUGCCUUGGUCCUGGAACUGUCUGAAAAAAAGGAGGCUUGUAGGGGUACUGGUGAGACUCAGAAUGCGGUUUCUGUGUUUCAUAUAACCCCCUCCUCAAGUUCACAAGAUGCAAAAUACUCAGGUCAAGGUACUUUGUUUCAUAUAGGACAGGCCAAAGAAGAUGGCUUUUCUUGAUGAAUAUUCUGGAUUUUUAAAAUCACAACGAUGUGUGCCGACUUUGAUCUUGGGCAACUCAGUAGCAGAAGGGAGGGAAUUCAGAAGCAUUUCCUCAGAAGAGGUUGGCUUGAAGCCAACUGUUGGCUGCAGGGUGAAAGGUGUGCAUGACGAAGUGGGUGAUUCCUUGUUCCCUCUGCUGUUGAGAGAUCCCCAUUGUUUUUGCAGAUGUAGAAGCUUGGAGAGACCACACACAGGAUUAAUCAGGGUAUCUGUAAAAAUGUUUUACUUAAAGCCUGAGGAGAAAUAAGUUGGGUACCGAAUAUCCCCUUGCCUGUCCCCACCAAAUUCAGGCUGUUGAGAAAUGUUAGUGGAUUAAAAACAGUGUUUAAUGAAUGUGGUACAGCCAGAAAGGGCUGGUCUUGGCCAGCAGGAACACAUUAAAUCUCCACUCAGUCCUGAAACUCACUGGGUAGCCUUUGACUAGUUACUUUAUUUCAGCCUGCCUUGCAGGGUUGUUCUGAGGAAAAGUGAUGUCUAUGCCACUCUUGAGUUUUUUGGAGAAAAGCUGGGAUACAGAUGUGAUGGAUAAAUAAAAUUUGAAAU